CAGAGGCAUCGACCUCGGGGCUAUGACAGCAAUAUUCGAUCGCAAGGUACCCAGCAUCCGGACAGAUCAACAGGGUACUUUUCAGCACAGCAUGCACCACCCGUCGCAGGAAUCGCCGACUCUCCCCGAGUCCACGGCCACCGAUACGGGUUACUACAGCUCAGGCGGCCCUCAUCACGGCUACUGCUCGCCUUCGUCUUACGGCAAAGUCCUCAACCCCUACCAGUACCAAUACCACGGAGGGAACAGCUCGGCCACCACUUACCCCGCCAAAGCCUACCACGACUACAGCUACCCCGGCCAUUACCACCAGUACGGCGCGUACAGCAGGGCACCGCCAACAUGCAACCAGCCAGAUAAAGGGCUUGCCGAGCCCGAGAUCCGGAUGGUCAACGGGAAACCGAAGAAGGUUCGAAAGCCCCGCACCAUCUACUCCAGUUUCCAGCUGGCAGCUCUGCAGAGGCGCUUCCAAAAAACCCAGUAUCUGGCCUUGCCUGAGAGAGCCGAGCUGGCGGCAUCACUGGGGCUCACUCAGACCCAGGUUAAAAUAUGGUUCCAGAACCGAAGAUCAAAAAUCAAGAAGAUCAUAAAAAACGGGGAGAUCCCCCCAGAGCACAGCCCUAGUUCCAGUGACCCCAUGGCCUGCAAUUCUCCCCAGUCCCCUGCUGUCUGGGAGAGUCACAGCUCCUCAAGAGUUGUUCACACUCAUCAACCUCCCAGUCACAAUCCAUCCCCUGCGGGCUACCUGGAAAACACCUCUUCCUGGUAUUCAAAUCCCAAUGCUAUUCAUUCCCACCUGCAGUCUGCAAGCUCGCUACAUCAUCCACUAGCUUUGGGAUCUGGGACAAUUUAUUAACCUGAGGUAUAUUCCGAAAAGGAUUGAUCACGGCCCGACAGACGGUGGAGGUAUACAAAGAACUGCGGACUUGUUCAGUGGGAAUCCUGAGACAUCAAACUCUGCACCCGAGCGACAUUUCUGACACUGUCCACUUGUUGGGUGCAUUUCUGUUCUCUACAUUUCAAAGAGAUGUACUACUUUCCCAACGGACUUCAUGGCCAAUAUGGACACUGUCAACGGUGCCUUUCAUUAGUAGGCUUCGACCCCCCCAACAUUACUGGACUUUUCAGUAGCAUCUAUUCUGUACAUACGUGUAGAUAGUUGGAUUAAACUGUAUAUUCUGUUUAAAUAAAAUUAUUGACUCUUCGGACAACAUCACUGUUGGAAGCUUAUUUCAUACAAAUCAUG